AUGGACCCCGACGCCAGUGUUCCCGCCGAACCCGCGCCCGCUGUCUUCAACUACGUCCUCUCAUUCCUCCUGGUCGGCGUCGCGUGGGGUUUCACGACCCCGUUCAUCCGGCGCGCGGCAGCGGAUUUUAACGCGCGCCAGGAGAAACUGAGUCGCGGGCCCGGGGCGACUCCUGAUACACCGCGAGCGACAUCUACAACCACUGAUUUAGAGGAGGAGCAGGAGUUGCUUGCCCGCGAUGAGGAGGACGAGGACGAGGAUGACAGGGCGGCGGCGUCGCAGCUUAGGGGUACAUCGGGGCCGUCGAGCGCCCGGCGGGAUCGUGCAGACAGCCACAACCUUAACAGCCAUCACGAAGAUUCAGACGAGGACAACGACGAGGACAACACCCCCGUGCCUGUAUGGAAGCGAUCCUCUUCUUCAUCAUCGUCCCCCACCACCUACUCCCGCUCCUGGCUACGCACCAAGAUCACCACCCUCUUCUGGACGGUGAUCAAUCUGCUGCGCACACCGGCAUACUCGAUUCCGCUGGUGAUUAAUCUGACGGGGAGCAUUUGGUUUUUUCUGCUUGUUGGGAAACACGAGCUCUCGCUCACCGUCCCACUGGCCAACUCCAGCGCGUUCCUCUUCACCGUUCUGGGGGAGUGGUACGUCGAGCGAAAGGUGAUUGCCCGGGAGACGUGGUUGGGACUGUUCUUGGUGCUGGGUGGGAUUGCGUUGUGUGUUCACUCGAAAAAUCAGAUGGGGUCAUCCAGCUAG